CCUGUGUAAUGACAAUAAAUUUGAAUCUAAUCUAAUCUAAUCUUACUCUCUCACUGUCGCCCAAUGUGCCAGACGACCGCAUUGUUGUGCAUCGCUGGGUUCCUGCUGAUCAGCUUGAAUGCGGCACAAGACCUCAACCACUUUCCAGAAAACUUUGUUCUGGCAAAAAGAAAUGGACACUCUGUCACCCUUACCUGCGACGAUACCAGGCCCGAAAAAGUGACAUGGAAGCUGAACGAUGAAGACAUCGAUUCUGAAGAUGACUUUGAGCCGAAGGACCGACAUCUAAUCGUGAAAGAGGUGGACAUACCCCUGCUGGGAGAAUACAGCUGCUGGAGAGGGGAGGAAAAACUGUCUUCGACCUAUCUGCUACAGGAGACCGAGGAGGGAGAGGAUAUAGAUUCUUUGCUCACAUGCCGUGCAAAGUCCUAUGAUUGUAACUUCCACUGCAGCUGGACUGACAGCAGAUAUGCGGUGGUGCGCCUUGGAAUUGGCCCUGAAUGCAGACGGGGUCACAAAUCAUGUCACUGGGUGAGCAGCAGUGGCCAGCUCAAGAACGAGGGGUUCCAGUUUGAGCUGUCCCACAACCUCUCGCCAUAUGCUGAGGAAAGCACCAUGGUGGAGGUCACCGCUGAAGCCAUCGACAACCCCUUCCUCCUCAGGAGAACCAAAAUGUUUUAUCUCAGAGAGAUUGUUGUGCCUGACAGCCCUCAGAUUGCCAGCUCUCGGGUGGUGGGGCAGCAGCUGAGCGUUACCAUCGAGCCGGCGUCCAGCUGGUCAACUCCUCACAGCUUCUUCAGGCUGGAGCAUGAGAUCGAAUACAUGUUCAGAGACGACGGCCGGAUCGAACGCUCUUCGUCUUCCCUGAUACCGAAGAGGAUCAGUAAACUGAGGGCCCGCUCCAGAGACCCGCUGGUGCUCUCACCUUGGAGCCAGUGGACACCGUGGAAAAAUGUAACCCACUGAAGUUAUCUGAUCCCCGUUCUGUCAACGUCUCCUCUCUUUAUGCGCUCGCAAUGUUUCACGUGUCUUCAAUGUCUCGUUGUAUGUGUAAUGAAGGAUUUUGAUGAUGGACCCUUGUGCCUGCGUGGAACCAUCAAAUAAUGAUGGUUCAGCAGAGCUGGCCUGAGUGGCCAAGUGAUCUAAGCCACAGCUAAGGGCUCCAAAACCAUCGGCUUGAAUUUGAUUACAGACCAAAAAACAUUUUAGAUUUACAUUUUCUAGAAUACUAUUAAAUUUGAUUUCCUGGAUUCAGAUUAGACAUAAAUAUACGAUUUAAAAUGGUUUAAAAUUCAUUAUUUAGGUGAAUUGGUAAGUUUACUUUAAAAAAGUACAAAAAAACAAUCUUUAGUAUUUGAUUGUUACAGUCAGACACUACAAGUUUAAUCUUUUCCUUGUGUUGGAGCUCAGUUUGUUCUCAAAGACAUCUUGGCAAGUUAAUAACCAUUUACCAGCGAUUGCUUUUAAGUUAAUGUAAUCAAACUUGGCCUCUUCUCCUAUACUUCACCAAAUCGGUAUUAAACGCUGUUAGCGGUGGUAAUGAAGACGGGUUACAAAUCAAAUUCUGUUUAUAACCCUGCAGUCAGAAAAAGCUGUAUUUAAUGUAAUUGACAAUAUAUUUAUUUAUUUAUUUAUCUUUAUUGGAGUUCUCAAAAAAAUUAUUUAUAAGUAUUUAUUUAUUUAUUUAUUUAUUCAUUGUUAUUUACAAGAACACUCCUUCCUAAUAUGGAGUCUGAUAUGUCUCUGUGAGGGUAACCUGAGGUCGAAAAAGGAAGAAAAAUGUCUCUAAACCUACGUCUGAGUUGGAGGAGUCGGCUUCAGUGUCUGACAUCACGAUAUGCGUUUCUUGUCUCUGUUAUUUUUGUAUGUGUGUUGGUGUUUCUGUGUAUUUUUGUGGUUUUGCUCAGUGCAAAGCAAAUGACUAUUAAAAGAGCUUUCUGCUUCUUUCCUUA